AUGGAGAAAGGGAAGGGAAGAAAGGAGGAGAUCGUUACCAGGGAGUACACUAUCAACCUCCACAGGCGCCUUCAUAGCUGCACAUUCAAGAAGAAGGCACCCAAUGCAAUCAAAGAGAUCAGGAAGUUUGCAUUGAAAGCUAUGGGAACCAAGGACGUCAGAGUGGAUGUCAAGCUCAACAAGCAGAUUUGGAGCAGAGGUAUCCGUGGUCCUCCUAGGAGAAUUAGAGUCCGUGUUGCCCGUAAGAGAAACGAUGAUGAAGAUGCCAAGGAAGAGUUCUACUCUCUUGUCACUGUCGCUGAGAUUCCGGCUGAAGGAUUGUCUGGUUUGGGCACCAAGGUCAUCGAAGAAGACGAGUAA